UGUUAAUUCGUCUCUUUUCUGAGCUGCAGUGAGCGUCGUAAGGAAACAGUGAGACUUUGCUUUGGAGUUCUGAUGAAACAUGGAGAAGGAAGACGGGGUCGUGGCGGUUAAACGGAGCAGCUCGGAGCAGAGGAAGCUCCGCUCUCGCGAUGCGGCCCGCUGCCGGCGCAGCCAGGAGACCGAGGUGUUCUACGAACUGGCCCGGACCCUGCCGCUGCCACGCCGAGUCUGCACCCACCUGGACAAGGCCGGCAUCAUGAGGGUGACGCUCAGCUUCCUGCGGAUGCAGCAGCUCCUGCGACCCGAAGAGAGUGUGAAGAAGGAGGAAGAGGAGGAGGAAGAGGAUCCGAUGGACGCCUUCUUUCCCCAGGCGUUGGCGGGCUUCGUCAUGGUGAUGACCGAGGAGGGGGACAUGGUGUUCCUGACGGAGAACGUCAACAAGCACAUCGGCAUCACGCAGCUGGAGCUGAUCGGCCAGAGCGUCUACGACUUCAUUCAUCCCUGCGACCAGGAGGAGCUGCGAGACCUCCUGACUCCGCGUCCAGGUCUGAGUAAGAAGCUGAUGGCGGAGCAACCGAGCGAGAGGAACUUCUUCCUGCGAAUGAAGAGCACCCUGACCAGCAGGGGGCGCACCGUCAACAUCAAAUCUGCCACCUGGAAGGUUCUCCACUGCACGGGCCACAUCCGCCCGUUUGGCUCAGCGUCGCCCCCUGCUGCCAGAGUGAUGACGCUGCUGUGCGAGCCGAUCCCCCACCCGUCCAGCGUGGAGUUCCCUCUGGACAGCUGCACCUUCCUCACGCGCCACACCAUGGACCUGCGCUUCACCCACUGCGAGGGCAGGGUAACGGAGCUGGUGGGGUACAAACCGGAGGACCUGAUUGGACGCUCGGCCUACGAGUUUUAUCACGCGCUCGACUCGGAUCGCAUCAAGAAGAGCCUGCUAACACUUCUGUCCAAAGGCCAGGUGAACACUUCCCCCUACCGCUUCCUGGCCAACAGCGGCGGCUUCGUGUGGGCCGAGACUCAAGCCACCGUCCUCUACAACAACAAGACGUCGCAGCCCGAAGCCAUCGUCUGCCUCAACUUCAUCCUCAGCGCGGUGGAGCAGCCGGACGUGGUGUUCUCCGUCGAGCAGACCCGCUGCAGCCUCCUGCCUAAAACCGAGCCGUCCUCCCCGGAGCGCACCGCCGAGGACAGCGGCAUCUCCGACACCUGCGACUCGGACGGCGAGGACGCCGGCAGCUCGGCGAAGCUCCUCCUGGGGCUGACGGAGAAACCGGAGGAGCUGCUGCAGCUGGCGGACGGCGGGGAGCCGCCGCUGACGGCAGGUGGGGUGGAGCUGUCGUUCGCCAGUCCUCCCAGUCCAGACACGGUUCCGGACCAUCCUAAGGAUCUGUGCAGCCCUCAGCUGCGGCAGCUGCUGUCGCCCAUCUUCGACGGCCUGAAUCCGUCCUCAUCCCCGGCCGCCUCCUCUGAGCCGGACCUGGUAACCAAACCUCCUCUUUUAACCAGCGAAUGUUCUGGUCCUGGUCUGACUGCUGGUCUCCGUCCGGCCCAGAGCCCCUGUGAGGACGAGGCGAUGGACACCAGCGAGGUGGAGCGCUUCUUCACCGUCUGCCCGGAGGAAACGCAGCUCAAGGAACAAGCUGCCGAGGACGUGGAGGGGAAGGAGCUGGAGAUGUACGCGCCGUACAUCUCCAUGGACGACGACUUCCAGCUCACCUUCCUCAGCGACCUGCCGCAGGAAGCCGACAAACCCGCCUCGCUGCUGCUCCAGGGCGCCGAUGGGAGUCCUGCCGUCACCGUCAGCAGGAAGAGGACUCACGACUUGGACAAAGAGCCGCCGCCUCUGCUGCUGAUCCAGGACAAGAGACACAAACCGGACCCGACCUCCAUAGAGGAGGAGCUGCUGCUCAGCCACAGGCUGCUGGGUUCGCUGGAAGAUGGCGACCAGUCGGAUCUGGUUCUGGACUCCGGACGCAGUCAGCUGCUCACAGACAGAGACCCGGUUCUGUCAGCACUGUGCGACACCGCAGCUCUGAUGAGGGACAUCUUCGUCCCUCGGCCGGCUGAUCUGUCGCCGCCGCUCUCGCCCAUGACCUGAAGCAGCUCCGGGGUCGGCGCG